AAGUUCUAAGUCAGUGGAUCAACAGUCAAAGUGUCAAUCCAUAUUAUUUUUCAAUUCUGUUGAUUUUGAUUACGAAUAUUUUUCUUAAAUUAUAAUUAUCAUAAAAUGUUAAUUUCAUUAAGAAGCGAUCACAAAGAACAUCUACAGCUUUUAACUAAACAACCUAUUCAAGUUAUAGUAGAUUUUUGUAAACUGGCUUUGGAUUUUCUACAAAAUGGUCCCAAUUUAAAGAGAUAUACAACCGCAGCUCAAAAAUUAGAAGUAGAAGUAGAUGUGGUGCAAAAUUGCAUAUUCGGACUUACCAAUUUGUUAAUACUUAGUUGUAAGCAUAAGUUAAGUGAAGCAGAUUUUCGAGAUUCAGUGCUAACAAUAGGAUUUUCCCACGAACAGCAAGUCGUACUGAGUAAAUUCUAUGAAUCAAAACAAAACGAUAUUCAUAAACUGAAUCAAGCGUGUAUAAAUGAACCGCAUUAUGAAGAUUUGAAAUGGAGGUUUGAGGUUCAGGUUUCAUCUCGUUCCUUACUGCAACAAGUAACCCCACUCAUUGCAAUGGAACUGGUACUGAGAAAGAAAAAUGAAGGUACAGGCAUCGACAGGGAAAAAAUUUUAGUUCAGACUGAUCCUAAUAACCUAUUACAUAUUGCAAAUGAGCUAGAAAAUGCUUUAACCGAAUCUAGGAGUAGACACUCCAGGAAGAUACAAAGAGCAUUGAAAAAUUAAGACCGAGAUAUUUAUACGAACUAUUAUAUUGUAUUUAUAACUCCUUAUUUAAUGAAAUAUUUUAUUAUAGGCAUUAAAAUUAUCAUUUACAUUGUAAUAUUUAAAUGAAGGUUUUUGCUUUUAACUCGACAGAAAAUUUGACCAAGCAAAUUUUCCAAAUAUAAUUUUUUAAAAAUCUC